AUGAGCGUCAACCCAUGUGGUAUGCACCCCAUGUUCGCGUUAGACGUUCCAGCUCCCUUCCCUGACCCACACAAAAAAGAGAAAGAGGCGCCCCCUGCAAGGAUCAUCUCUCCAACUAGCUUUAAAGCAUCCCGUUCGCUGGCCCUGAGACGACUCCGGCUCCAGCUCCAGCUCCAGCUCCAGCUCCAGCUCCAGUCCUUGCUCCCGCUCCAGCUUCAGCUUCAGCUCCAGCCCAAGUCCUUGCUCCAGUUACAGUUGCAGUUCCGCCUCGCAGCCGACCGCCAACCAUCAUCAUACUGUCCUUUCUUCGCCGUCGCCGCGAGCUGA